AUGACAAUGACCAGAUCCAUCUCGAUGGCAACGUUCCUUCUUGUGGCAGCACUAGUUGCAUCCAUCUCCAUGGUUUCUUCAUCUCCAGAAGCAGACUUUGUUAAGAAGACCAUCUCUUCCCACAACAUCGUCAUCUUCUCCAAAUCCUACUGCCCGUAUUGCAGGAGAGCUAAAUCUGUGUUCAGUGAGCUCAAUCAGGUUCCUCAUGUUGUCGAGCUUGACGAAAGAGAAGAUGGAGGGAGUAUCCAGAGUGCACUUGGGGAGAUUGUUGGAAGGCGAACAGUACCACAGGUUUUCAUCAACGGAAAGCACAUCGGAGGAUCAGAUGAUACCGUAGAUGCGCAUGAGAGCGGUGAACUUGCUAAGCUUCUUGGUGUUUCCGAAAACACAAGAGCUGAACUCUAG